AUGAACGGGCUGCAGGGGGGGCGAAGGCAGAGUAAUGCAAAUGUUGUAUUGUAUCGGCUGCUUGGGGUGGAUGUGAGACAGCUUCCUCAAAUGGAAAAAGCUCUGGAUUUAGCUGGUUUUGUGCGGACGGCUCCAACGCUCGUCUUAUCUGAAGUGGUGCUGACAUAUAUGGAAACAAAGUGGUCGGACUCGCUCAUUCGAUGGGCAGCAGAACUUCUACCUCAGUCAGUGAUUUUAAUUUAUGAACAAAUUCACCCAUUUGAUCCAUUUGGACAAAUCAUGCAAGAACAUUUUAGAAAACUGAACUCGGCUCUUUACGCUCUGAACAAAUACCCAGACGCUGACGCUCAGAGACGCCGGCUCCUCGACAAUGGCUGGGAGCAGUGCGUCUGUUUGGACAUGAACUGUUUCUACUUUGGGCUGGUUCCUGAGGCGGAAAGAUCGAAAAUUGAAAAACUGGAGCCGUUUGAUGAAUACGAGGAGUGGCACCAAAAAUGUUCGCAUUACUUCAUACUCGCUGCAUCCCGAGGCGCUCCGGCCGCUCGUGAAAUACUAUCCACACCAGCGUCUCCGUUGACACUCGGCGGCCCCUCGUUCAGCCCCGUGUCUCUCCCUGUGAAGACCAUCCCGGUGUGCGCAGAGGGGCUCGGGAUGGCGUCCGCUUCUCUGGGACCAAACGUCGUGCUUCUUACGGGAGGGUCGAGCAAAGGCGGUCGGGGAGCGCAGAUAGGACUGCUGCGGAAAAACAAACAAAACUGGAAUUUUGUGAAAGUAGCGGCGUCUGGAGAUAUAGGUGUCCGUUUAUACCACACUGCGACAGCCAUUCCGGGUAAAUCUGCGGUUGUACUCGGCGGCCGUACUUCUCCGCUUAACCCCGUGAAAACCGUAUGCAAAUUAACGAUGGACUCGCUUGAUUUGGAGGGUGACGACGGCGCAAAACUGAGCGUGGAGCCGGCGGUUUGUGCGGGCGAACCUCCAGUACCAAGAUGGAGGCACACCGCUACUUUGAUCAGCCACAAAGGUAAAGACUUUUUGUUUCUUUUCGGUGGCAAGAACGCAGCGCAGGAGAUACUCGGAGACUACAACAUCAUGGAUCUAAGUCAGAACCGUUGGACUGAGGUGUCUGUAGAUGGAGCGGCACCAGAGCCCAGAUUCUCUCACUCUGCGUGUUCGUACCGGGGCGGCGUGGUGAUGUUCGGAGGCUUGGGCAGAAGAGGAGUUCCACUUGGAGAUACGACGCUGUUAAAGCCGACCGAAAGCGGCUUUUGUUGGCAAAGACUAGAUAUAAAACCCGCCCCUGUUGCUAGAUACUCCCACGCGGCUCAUGUGAUCGGAGACAAACUGCUCGUGGUCGGUGGAGUGUGGCUCGCUUCACACGUUCCAGGUUUGGCUGUGGUCGACCUCCUUACACAGAGCGGCGCGGAAUAUCGCCUCGAUGUGGCCUCGGUUCCUUGGCCUCUGAUGCUCCACUCUUUCUGCUCUGAGGUCACCAGCUCAAAAGAGUUGGUGCUGAUUGGAGGAGGUGGAAACUGUUUUUCGUUUGGGACUCAUUUAAAUCCUCAGCCUGUUGUUGUGGAUCUCGGACUGAUCACCACCGAUGGAUGAAGUACCG